AUGGACGAGAAAGAAGAGACCAACGAGCCCCUCGACCUUGUGCGCCUCUGCAUUGACGAAGUCGUCAUUGUCAAAUUGCGCGGCGACCGCGAACUCAAGGGCAGACUACACGCAUACGACUCGCAUUGCAACCUCGUCCUCGGAGACGUCGAAGAAACCAUAUACAUUGCGGAGGAGGAAGACGAGGACCAGGAGCCUCGUGUGCGGACAGUCAAGAAGCAGAGCGAGAUGCUCUUCGUCAGAGGUGACUCGGUAGUCUUGAUUGCACCGGCAGCGGAAGCAACGCAAUGA